AUGAAGAAAACGCUGCAGGAUGAGAUGGAAGCUGUGCUGCGGGGGAGGAUCAUGGUGCUGGAUGGCGGGAUGGGGACCAUGAUCCAGCGUCACCAGCUCAGUGAAGACGACUUUCGUGGCCAAGAGUUUAAAGACCACGCCAGACCCCUGAAGGGCAACAAUGACAUUUUAAGUAUAACUCAACCUGACGUCAUUUGCCAGAUCCAUAAGGAGUACUUGCUGGCCGGGGCAGAUAUCAUUGAAACAAAUACUUUCAGCAGCACCAGUAUUGCCCAGGCUGAUUAUGGCCUCGAACACCUGGCCUACCGGAUGAACAGGUGCUCUGCAGCUGUGGCCAGAAAAGCCGCCGAGGAGAUGACCCUGCAGACAGGAAUUAAGAGGUUUGUGGCAGGAGCUCUGGGUCCAACAAAUAAAACCCUCUCUGUGUCUCCUUCUGUGGAACGACCAGAUUAUAGGAACAUCACCUUCGAUGAGCUGGUUGAUGCAUACCAAGAACAGGCCAGAGGACUUCUAGAUGGUGGCGUUGAUGUCAUGCUGAUUGAAACGAUUUUUGAUACAGCCAAUGCUAAGGCAGCCUUGUUUGCACUCCAGAAACUCUUUGAAGACAUGUAUGCUCCCCGGCCUAUCUUUAUUUCAGGGACAAUUGUUGACAAGAGUGGGCGAACGCUUUCUGGACAGACGGGGGAGGCAUUUGUCAUCAGCGUGUCGCACGCCAACCCCCUGUGCAUUGGAUUAAACUGUGCCUUGGGAGCAGCAGAAAUGAGACCUUUUAUUGAAACAAUUGGGAAGUGCACCACAGCUUAUGUGCUGUGUUACCCCAAUGCAGGUCUCCCCAACACCUUCGGCGACUAUGAUGAGACUCCUCACAUGAUGGCCGCACACCUGAAGGACUUUGCGAUGGAUGGCCUGGUCAAUAUAGUUGGUGGAUGCUGUGGGACCACGCCAGAUCACAUCAGGCAAAUUGCUGAAGUUGUGAAAAAUUGUAAGCCCAGGGUUCCACCAGUCACUGUUUUUGAUGGGCAUAUGUUGCUAUCUGGUCUAGAGCCCUUCAGAAUUGGACCUUAUACCAACUUUGUUAACAUUGGAGAACGCUGUAACGUGGCAGGAUCAAGGAAGUUUGCUAAACUCAUCAUGGCAGGAAACUAUGAAGAGGCUCUGAGUAUAGCCAAAGUGCAGGUGGAGAUGGGAGCCCAGGUGCUGGACAUCAACAUGGACGACGGCAUGCUGGACGGCCCCAGUGCCAUGACCAGAUUCUGCAACCUGAUUGCUUCUGAGCCAGACAUUGCAAAGGUGCCCUUGUGCAUCGAUUCUUCAAAUUUCGCUGUGCUAGAAGCUGGCCUGAAGUGCUGCCAAGGGAAGUGCAUCGUCAACAGCAUCAGCCUGAAGGAGGGGGAAGGUGCCUUCCUGGAAAAGGCCAGAAGGAUUCAGCAGUUUGGAGCGGCGGUGGUGGUGAUGGCUUUCGAUGAGGAAGGCCAGGCAACUGAAAUAGACACCAAAAUUAAAGUGUGCACCCGGGCCUACCAUCUACUUGUGAACAAGCUGGCCUUUAAUCCAUGUGACAUCAUCUUUGACCCCAACAUCCUCACCAUCGGUACUGGAAUGGAAGAACACAAUUUGUAUGCUGUUAAUUUUAUCCAGGCAACAAAAGCCAUCAAAGAAACAUUACCCGGAGCCAAAAUAAGCGGAGGCCUUUCCAACCUGUCUUUCUCCUUUCGAGGAAUGGAGGCCAUUCGAGAAGCGAUGCAUGGGGUUUUCCUUUACCAUGCGAUCAAGUUUGGCAUGGAUAUGGGCAUAGUGAAUGCUGGCAACCUCCCUGUGUAUGACGACAUCCACCAGGAGCUCCUGCAGCUCUGUGAAGAUCUCAUCUGGAAUAAAGACCCGGAGGCCACGGAGAAGCUCUUAUGCUACGCCCAGACUCACGGCAAAGGAGGGAAGAAGGUGGCCCAGACGGAUGAGUGGAGGAGUGGCCACGUUGAAGAGCGCCUGGAGUACGCCCUGAUCAAGGGCAUUGAAAAGCAUAUUAUUGAAGAUACGGAGGAAGCCAGGUUAAACCAGGAGAAGUACCCACGGCCUCUGCAUAUAAUCGAAGGGCCCCUGAUGAGCGGCAUGAAAGUUGUUGGUGACCUUUUUGGAGCUGGAAAAAUGUUUCUACCUCAGGUUAUAAAAUCUGCCCGGGUCAUGAAGAAGGCUGUUGGCCACCUUAUUCCUUUCAUGGAGAAAGAAAGAGAAGAAACUCAAGUGCUCAGUGGCAUAGUGGAAGAAGAGGAUCCUUACCAGGGCACCAUUGUCUUGGCCACUGUGAAAGGGGAUGUGCAUGACAUUGGCAAGAACAUAGUCGGAGUAGUCCUUGGCUGCAAUAAUUUCAGAGUCAUAGAUUUAGGAGUCAUGACCCCGUGUGACAGGAUACUGCAGGCUGCCCUCGACCACAAAGCAGAUAUAAUUGGCCUGUCAGGACUUAUCACUCCUUCCCUGGAUGAAAUGAUUUUUGUUGCUAAGGAAAUGGAGAGAUUAGCUAUAAAGAUCCCCCUGUUGAUUGGAGGAGCAACCACAUCGAGAACCCACACAGCUGUCAAAAUAGCCCCACGAUACAGCGCCCCGGUGAUCCAUGUGCUGGAUGCGUCCAAGAGUGUGGUGGUGUGUUCUCAACUGCUUGAUGAAAAUCUGAAGGAUGACUACUUCGAGGAGAUCAUGGAGGAGUAUGAAGACAUCAGACAGGACCAUUACGAGUCUCUUAAGGACAGAAGAUACUUAGGUUUAAGUCAAGCCAGGAAGAACGCUCUCCACCUUGACUGGCUGGUUGAGCCUCGCCCAGUGAAGCCCUCGUUUAUAGGGACAAGGGUAUUCGAAGACUAUGACCUGCAGAAGCUGGUGGGCUACAUCGACUGGAAACCUUUCUUCGAUGUCUGGCAGCUCCGGGGAAAAUACCCCAACCGCAGCUUCCCCAAGAUAUUUAACGACAAGACAGUAGGGGAAGAGGCUAAGAAAGUCUACAAUGAUGCCCAGAGUAUGCUGGAAGCCCUCAUCAGUCAGCGGAAGCUCCAGGCCAGAGGUGUGGUGGGGUUCUGGCCCGCACAGAGCGUCCAGGAUGACAUCCACGUGUACGCCAAAGACGUGGGGUCCCCAGCCGCAGAGCCCAUGGCCACCUUCUAUGGGCUCCGGCAGCAGGCUGAGAAGGAUUCAGUGAGUGCAGACCCACACCUCUGCCUCUCAGACUUCAUCGCGCCCCUGGGCUCUGGCGUCCAGGACUACCUGGGCCUAUUUGCUGUCGCCUGCUUCGGAGUUGAGGAGCUGAGCAAGGCCUACGAGGCCGAGUGUGACGACUACAGCAGCAUCAUGGUCAAGGCGUUGGGGGACCGGCUGGCAGAGGCCUUUGCAGAGGAACUCCAUGAGAGGGUCCGCAAGGAGCUGUGGGCCUACUGUGGCAGCGAGCAGCUAGACAUGACGGGCCUGCGGAGGCUGCGCUAUGAGGGUAUCCGGCCAGCCCCUGGCUACCCCAGCCAGCCCGACCACACAGAGAAGCUCACCAUGUGGAGAAUGGCUGACAUAGAGGGCUGCACAGGCAUCAGGCUAACAGAAUCGCUGGCCAUGGUGCCUGCCUCUGCUGUCUCGGGCCUCUACUUCUCCAACCCCAAGUCCAGAUACUUUGCUGUGGGAAAAAUUUCCAAGGAUCAGGUUGAGGAUUACGCAAUGAGGAAGAGCAUGUCCGUGGCUGAGGUUGAGAAGUGGCUGGGACCCAUUUUGGGAUAUGAUACAGACUGACUUUCUUCUGCCUUUUCCAUACCUGAUGAUCCUCACAGAAA